AUGGAGAACGAAGCGUCUAUCUCCCUCGUGGAUAAUACUGUCCCACAGCAACCUGCCAGCGAAGGACCCAGACCCACAUCCACACUUGAUCGACAAGUGAGCCUGUCGAAACACCUGAGUCGCGCAUCUGUCCACAGCCAACUUGCAAAGCGGAAGUACGCAAAGUGGCAGCCGGAUAGACUCGGCAUCGCCACAGAUACGAGUGGUUCAGCUAGCCGCGAACCGUCCCAGGUGCGUGGGGAGCCGUUAUCAGCAAGCUCCACCGGAGAAGGCAGCGGAGCCAGAGAUGUCGACACAGCCGACUUUGCACCGUCCCGAGUCUCGACUAAUACCGGGGAUGAUAGCGGAAAUGGUCAAGUGAACGGGCCCGGAGAGCAGACCAACGGGCGCGAGGAUACAAAACCGCGCUCGGAAUUGGACAUCUUAUAUGAGAACCAGCGGGGCUGGUUCUUCUUCGGUGUACCACGCUACUCUCAUAGCUCGCUGCUGAACUUGGAUCCCAGCGCCUGGAUGACCCAGGACCGCAGAGCCAGUCCUGUCAAUAUCACGAAUGCCCAACUGCCCGAUCCGAGCUGGGAAUGGGCUUGGAAGACAUGGUAUGUCGACAUGUCCGGUGAUACCGAUGAGCAAGGCUGGCAAUACUCGUUCUCCUUUGCGUCCUCUUCGUGGCAUGGUACACAGCCGUGGUUUCAUUCUUUUGUUCGGAGGAGGCGAUGGGUGAGACUACGGAUUAAGGUUGCUGAGCGGCGGCACCGCGGUCGUUCAGACUUUGAGAAGUCGCAUUUGCUUACUGAGGACUACUUUACGAUUCAUUCAUCUAAGGACAAAAGCCGGGAGCAGAGCAUUGAGGCACUGUCCCGGGUGGAGUCUGGGUUUUUGAGCCGUGCGAAUGUGAUUGUUGAGGAGGAACCGCAUGUCGAUGAGAUUGGGGAUAUACCCAGUUUGAUGCAUGCUUUGAAACUAGCUUCUAUUGACCGGGAGAGGAUUCGUGUCUUGAAGAAGUUUGUCGAGGAUGGAGGCGAGGAGCUAUAUUACUUGAAUGACAAGAUACCGGCAAUCAUGUCCAUGUUCCUGUUCCAGACGUCUCGCUGGCAAUUCGUGACGUAUCUUUCUAAUGUCAUCAGCGAGUUGUCCAAAGCUCCCACCGAUUCGGACAAAGACGCAGAUGCAAUCCAACGCAAAAGGGAUAAUCUCGCUCGUGCUGCCGAAUCUUGCAAGCGGCACAUUACCGGACCAGAUAUCUUUAAAGAUGACCAUGGAGAAUCAGCAACAGAAUUGUUAGAUUUGUCGUCGGUAGCCAAGCAUGACACACUCAAGGCCCAGCGGCCUGUCUCGGAAGAGCGCUCAAGACCGAGGCGGAGUUUCAGGGGGAUUCCCAAGGCUGCUGAGAAAAACACCUCAACAGCAACGCGCCCCAAUCCUCAUCUCCUGUUCAUUCAUGUCUCCGGUGCCAUCAGAGCAUCGAUCCUUAUGCUCUCGUCUGGUGGCCCGUGUCUAAGGAGGCGUCUGUCUGCCGUCUUGGACACCGUCGCGACUGGCCCGGAUGAACCUCUUCUCUUCCUCUAUCCCCGCUGGGCUGCGCCUACCUUACAGCAACGUCGGGUGUCUUCCUUGAAGCCGGUCAAAGCUUCAGGGGGGGGAGGCAAUAAUAAUUCCGGUGCCCCAUUUCGCCCAGCAGCCCGCCCCUGUCCCUCGCUUUCUCGGCACUCGCGCCAAUGGAUCUCUGGGUCUGCAUCCCGAUUAUCUCAAGCCUCGAGCCCGCAAUUGUCUGAAACGAGCAAGGAUAUUGAACAUAAUCUGGGUGAGAGACAUGGAGGACAGGUCUCGGCAGAGCGGGAAGCCUCUGCCAGCUCACCCGCGGAUGCCAAAAGCGCGACUGCCAGACCACUACGUGGAUUCGCUCUUGUUAGAGCGAAGAGAAUACAGAAGAGUCGAGCGCACAACAAAACGCCGAGUGCCAAAACGCCGAAUGCCAAACCUUCAACUCCCACCAAGAACCAACUGGCUCUACGCAACACGUCGAUUCGAGAUCGGAAGAAGUUACGGUUUCGUGCAUAUAUGAAGAAACAAUAUCAAAAGCGUUCGACGACGCUCAUUGACAAGGCUUGGUUCGAUACGAAGGACGUGUUGGACGAAGUGUACCUCGGGAACCCAAAAUACGCCAAGAAGGUAUCACAGAACAAGAAGGAGAUAUAUGUCCCAGAAGAGACCCUUGCUCUGUUUGCAGGUGUGACUCGGUAUACCCUGAAAGAGAAUAUUUGGUACAUCCCGCUGCAUAAUGGGUGCCGUGUGCACAUCCUGCCUGCGAGCCAGAGCAAGGGAUUACUUCGUCGAGUCGUUCUGAGUGCGACGGAUCAUAUCAUGGAGCUAGUGGAAGGGCAUUUUACCCGCGCGCAGAGCUUACAGGCUAUGGGAGACCCCCUCGUUGACAUCCACAAACCACCAGUUCCGAUGUGCAUCUCUCGGGGCGCGAUGGAACGUUCGAAACUCCCUGUGCCAUUGAUCCGGGGACACUGGCAUUUCGGUGAACCGUCGGGUGGCAACUCGAAUUUGGAUGAGAUUCUGCUGCAUCGUCCGAACAUCGCCACUGUGAAAGAGUUCACCGAGUACGUCGAGGAUCUCACCUCUGCGAGGGCCCCGACCCUCGAUGAAAAAGCCAUGUCUCGAUCAAAGCUUCCGCACGUGGUUCGGAUUAAGCAACAGCUGAAGGCACUAUUCUUGCACGAAGCGAAUUAUAAUUAUAUCUCGACUGCAGCUUUGAAUGCUGCAUUGGAUUACCUGUGUCGACAUGAGUUCCUGGAUACUGCCCGAGAUUUGUGUUCAUUCACAGAACAUGUGGCCACAACUGAUACAUACAACAUACUCUUGCGGGCCGCUGCGCGGCGUCAGGAUGUGGCUGUCUUCCGUCACUUCCUGCGGACGAUGCCCCGAUUACACAUGCGUCCAAACCCGGAGACAUGGCUUGCAUUACUCAGCGCCCUGGUCAACCCCAGUGAGAAAGCUCAGCUCAUCGAACAUAUGGUACAGGGUGGUCACAUGUCCAGUAUCUCGACCAUCCAUAGCGCGCUCCAGGAGACUAUACAAGAUUCGCUUUUGGUGCACUUGGACAGCGGAAAAGAUAUUGACUCUUUUGUUGACCUCAUGACGAGUACAUGGGGAGCCAACUGGUUCAGCUCUUCGGUGAUCGGCCAGAUGUUCAGCGUGGUUGCUCGAUUGAAGGAUUUCUCUUCCGUUGACCGGCUUAUGGAAAUCUGCAUCGACAACAAUCUCGCCGUUGACAGUUAUGCGCUCACCCACAUCGUGCAAGCGCUGGGUUCAAAUAUCCAUCUCGCUUUGCAAUAUACUCUCCGCUUCUUCGAAAUCCCAUUUUUCAAUGUGUCUUCAAGGAAUUGGGAGGAUUUGUUCUUGGCUGCAUUCCGGAAUCGCCACUACAACCUCUGUCUCGUGAUAUGGCGGUAUGCAUGCAUGAAAAAGACCGUCACGUACAAGAUGCAGCAGGCUGUCUUGACUUCACUGUGUCGCAAUGCGUCCCGUGGCCACUCCAAGGAUCUCAGCAGGAACCUGUGGGAUUCCGACGCGGGUAAAGUCAUUAUCGGUAUUGACUUGCAUCAUGAAAGUUACUCGCUUCCCGAUUCCAUUCUGAACGAUCUUCCCUCCGAAUACCGGCACAAUCCAGUCCAAUAUCUUAUUGGAUGGAAGCCCAGCGGCGAAAAGCGGAAUCUCCAAGUGCGGCUCGCCAAUGCCCUCGUCAAGCGUGACAUUGCGCUCGGUGCAAGCCGCUAUCUGCCACAAUAUCCUUCUCCAAUCAUGUUGGAUGCAGCGUCAAUCUUGGAUAAGGAAUGGCGUGGUAUCCCGCGUCCUUUAGCUUGGAAGAUGCAGAACGCCAUCCACAUUCCCAUCGUGCGCAAAAACCAGGACCGCGACUAA